UUUAAUUUACAAAGAAAUCAUUACUUCCGGUUAAAAUAAAAACGCUAUUCGCCGGUGUUAAACAUGUCAGGGACAGUUUUAACGUCCUUAAAAAGAAAAUACUCACAUGCAGUUGGACUAAGUUCUUACAGAGACCAACAUUUUAAGGGAAACAGAACAGACCAAGAACGCCUCUUAUUACUGAGCACAACUUUAUAUGUUGGUAACCUGUCUUUUUAUACAACGGAAGAACAGAUCCAUGAACUCUUCUCAAAAUGUGGAGACAUCAAAAGAAUUAUCAUGGGGCUUGAUAAAGUCAGAAAGACACCAUGUGGAUUUUGUUUUGUAGAAUAUUAUACCAGGGAAGAUUCAGAGAAUGCCAUCAAAUAUAUAAAUGGAACACGAUUAGAUGACAGAAUUGUAAGAACAGAUUGGGAUGCAGGGUUUAAAGAAGGCAGACAGUAUGGACGUGGUAAAAGUGGUGGACAGGUUCGAGAUGAAUACAGGACAGAUUUUGAUGAAGGUCGGGGUGGUUAUGGACAGAUAAUAACAACAAAAAUAAAAACCAAGGAUACAGUUUAGAUGGCAGAUACAAAAACUCUAAAUAUUGCCAUUCACAUGUACAGCUAGAAAAUCUAGCUUAACUUUAAAGCCUUGGUGCAAAUGUUUGGUUGAAAAACAUGCGAAACAACAUUUAAAUGACUGUUGUCUUUAGCUGUUAAUGUUAAAUGCACAGCUGUCAUUUUCACUCAACAG